GUAAGAUUAGGAACCUCAUGUGGGCUAAUGGCAGCAGCCGGAUGCAAUACAAAUUCUUUGGUGAUGUAGUUACAUUCGACACGACGUACAGGACCAACCUGUACGAUAUGCCAUUUGGGCUAUUUGUCGGAGUUAACAACCAUUACCAGAGCAUCAUGGCAGGGGUUUUGAUGCGCGACGAACAAGAAGAGAGCUUCGAAUGGGUGUUCGAGGAAUUUGUCCGGAUGAUGGGCGGGCCAGCGCCGAAGACAAUACUCACAGAUCAGUGCAGAGCUAUGGAGGUUGCAAUCAAGAAAACUUAUCCUAAUACAGUACAUCGUUGGUGCAAAUGGCAUGUCCUAAAAAAGGCGAAGGAAACACUAGGACCACUGUACAGCAAGAAGGGUGACUUCCAGGCUGAAUUUCACAAAGUUGUGAACCACAUGCUAACUGAGGAAGAGUUUGAAUCAGCCUGGGCAGCUCUCCUCGACAAGUACAAUUUGAGGAAUCAUAACUACAUGACCCAAAUUUAUGAAACCAGAAGGAAAUGGGAGAAACCAUAUUUCCGGGGUGUUUUCUGUGCAAAAAUGACAAGCACCCAAAGAAGCGAGAGCGCAAACCACAUGCUGAAAUCGUACAUGCCACCAGCCAGCCCAACGCAUGUUUUCAUCCGGCAAUACAUGAAACUGCAGUUUGAUCGAGAACGGGACGAAAGCUACGAGGAGAAGAGGACUAUGAUUGGCGGUGUUGUUAGAUGUACUAACCUUGCUAUAGAGCGUCAUGCCAGCAAGGUUUAUACAAGGAGCAUGUUUGAGGAAUUUGGGCGACUACUUAUCGAAGCAACAUCAUACAAUGUUACUGAGGUGGAGAAGAUGAGGAAGUACAUCACCACUCACAACAAUGCGGCGAAAAGAGAGAAGUGGAGCAGAGUUGAAUAUGAGGUUACCAUUAACGACGACAAAUCAAUAUUCACCUGCGAGUGCGGCCAGUUUGAGCACACGGGCAUGCUGUGCAGCCAUGCCUUGCGGGUUAUGGAAAUUCUGCAUCUAGAAGAAAUCCCUAAAUACCACGUCGUAAAACGGUGGAAAAAGGACGCAAGAGACAUACUACCAGGUCACCUAGUCCAGUACCAGAGAGACAAUUCACAGAACAUGUCAUUCACUUGUAGGCAUGCGACACUAUACUUCAAAGCCAUGGAAGUCGUGCGGAUGGGGGACGCAAGUGCUGCAUGCUACGAGCAUGUCAACGCUGCCCUUGAUUCGGUGAUUCGGAGUGCAGCGCCUUUGGUAGAGAAACGUGAUGGACUGGAUUUCGAGGAUCGCGUGAUUCCAACGGCUGAUGUCAGGAUAUCUGCCAACGGCGAGCAAGCAAAUGCUGAUCGAGAGGCCGACCAUUGCGCAAGUGCCGGAAAUUCAUUCAGCACGAAUGCCAUGCAGUGCCUCACAGCACCAGAGAAGCGUAGAGGGCCUAGCAGGCCUACAAACAGCAGGGACAAGGACUGAGUAAGAGAACAAGGUUCUGCAGCAUAUGUAGGCGCGAAGGGCACAAGAAAACGACAUGCCCAGAUAGAGGGGAUAUGCCGAAAAAGCCACGGAAGCCUGGUAAAUGCAAAAACUACGGGAUAGAAGGGCACCGGCGUACGACGUGCACGAGACCACUAGGGUUUGCAGAGAAUUGAUAUAGGUUUCUAAGUUUAUGUUUUUUUCGAGAUGGUUUGUAAACUGUGAUAGAGUUGGACGCACACGAUCAGUGCUGAAUCCUUGUAUACCGCUGUGCUGAGGUUUUCUGUGGUUAUCGUCCGGCAAAUUGUUUACUACUGUA